AUGAGAGAAGCCAGAGGAAAGUUCGCAAAGCAGCCGUACACGUCCAGAUCUGCCGCCGUCCAGAUCUGCACCGCAAGACCGCCGUUGCCCUUCCGCCACUGCCCGGUCCAGAUCUGCACCGUUUUCGCGUCUUGUUCUGUCUCCGUCGAAGCCGAGCCACCGUGUGAAGCAGUAACUGCCACGUCCGCCGCUCACAACCGCCGUCCACCGAUCCCUUCUCCUCCGUUGUCUGCACUGCCGCGCCGGAAGCCUGGUUUCAGCCAGCCUCCUGCCGUCGUUGAACGUGCCUUUUCACUUUACGAUCAGAUCAAUCUCAUCGACAAUGUCCCUGAAGAUCAGCUUCGUUUUCAACGGUAUACUGAGACGGGGUUCACUGUGAAUGGAGUGGAUUAUGAGGGCAGCUUGCUUUGUGUUGGGAAUUUGUUGAUGUCUUGGACUCCUAAGAAAUUUUCGGAAAUUACGUCUGAUAGGUUUGCUUUGCAUUUCUUGUUCCUAACUUACAAUACCCAAUUUACUUCCUUUGUUCUUUUUGGUGAUUGA